AUGUCUCCAUAUCAAUUGGUUUAUGGGAAAUCUUGUCAUUUGCCUGUAGAGCUGGAACAUAAGGCUUUAUGGGCUACUAAAUUCUUGAAUUUCGAACCAAUGAAAGCUCUUCAGAAAAGAUUACUGCAGCUGAAUGAGCUAGAUGAGUUCCGAUUAGUUUCUUAUGAGAGUGCCCGAGUUUAUAAAGAGAAAACCAAGAAGUGGCAUGAUAACAAGAUUAUACACAAGGAAUUUGAGCCAGGACAACAAGUGUUGUUGUAUAAUUCUCGCCUAAGACUGUUUCCGGGAAAGCUUAAGUCCAGGUGGUCUGGUCCAUUUGUGGUGAAGAAAGUAUUCCCUUAUGGAUCAGUUGAGAUAUCUCCCUUAGAUGAUGAUAGACCUUUCAAAGUCAAUGGAGCUAGACUCAAAGCUUAUCAGGGAGGACUCGUGAAGAGAGACACUGAGGUUUUGUCUCUCAUAAAAAAUUGA